AUGUUGUUAAAUUAUAUACAUAGAAAUGGUUUUAAUAGAUUUUUGUUGGUAAAACAACAACCUCAACUUACAUCAUCAUCAUAUAUAACACAACAACAAAUUACUAGUAAUAAUAGAUGUUUCAAUACAUCCACCACCACUUCAAAUGUAAAACCAAAAAUCAAUAGUUUUAGUAAUAGUAGUAAUAAUAAACUUCAAAGACCAUCAUUCUCUGAGCAAAAGGGAAUGACAAUAGAUUCCAUCAAAUUUUCAUCGAUCGACUUCAAAUCGUUGAUCAACAAUAACAAACUAGUCGAUUAUAUAUUGGGAUUCUACUUGAAUUCACCAACAAAAGAUAAAAAAGAAUUGAAUGAAUUGAUCGAUUUCUUUUUGAAAUCAAAUAAUAAAGCAUUGGUAUCUAUUGAGUUGUUUCAUGCGUUGGAGAAAGUAGGAUUUCUCAAUGACAAUAUAUUUGCGAUCAACAGAUUCAUGGAGUUUUUCAAGAGUGUUGUGGCCGUUGGACGUCUGGCGAAAGGUGGCCAAGUCAACGAGUCCGGAGUAGCAUCGGACAUGCUGCUCACCAUCUGGACAAAACUGGAGAGCGAUCAUUUCAAAGUGAAGCCAAACAUCAAGUCGUACAACAUGAUAUUCGAAUACUUUUUGGAUGCAAAACAAUUGGACAAUGCCGACACUAUUAUUAGCUACUUGAAGAAGUCGCAGCUUGCAUUCUCCAACCACACAGUCGAUCUGUGUAUUCGUUACUACUUGGAUAAAGGCGUGGUAGAGAAAGCUGUCGAUUUCAUGAAGAAAUUGAAACCAGAGGCACUCGAUCACUACGCCUGGGUGAUGAAGCGUAUCAUCCCGAUGUGUUUCAGUAAGAGUUCGAAAGAGUUGGCCGUCUCACUGGUCGACCAGUAUCGUAGCACCAUUCCAAAGAUGUUUGGAUGCGAUGAGAUAUCGCUGGUUUUCAACUAUUUGAUCGAGCGAGACGCACAGGAUCUACUGGAUUCCUGGGAGAGCUCGCUCGCCAAUGUCCACGGAUACAAUAGGCUGAUGAGCGCGUACAUGGAGGCGGGAAAAGUUGAGAAAGUCACCACGCUGUUUGCCCGCAUGCAAGAGAACAGUAUUGCACCGAACGAGUACACCUAUGCUAUAUUUAUUCACCACUACUCAAAGGCUGGACAUAAACCUCACACCCAGACUUGGAUCGACAGUUACUUUGCAAACAUAACGGCACCCUCAAACACCAUGCUCUUCAUGAUCAUGGAGCACUACAGAAAGGUCAAUUACUACAAGGGAAUGGCGAAAGCAGCACGUAUACUCUGUAACUUACCAAAUAUCUAUGACAUCACCAACGUUAUCAUCUAUCUAGCGAAAAUCGAUGGCUAUUGUCCACCCACUCGUGAAGUGAUUUGGAAUGUGCUGGACGAUAAGCGCUUCGAGAUUCAAAAGGGUAAGGUCAUCGGCCAGUUGAUACAACACUACCUCUAUGACAACGACUACAAGAACGCGAUCCAGUUGAACAAGCAGCGUUUCGAGCAGUGCGCUAUGAAACCAAACACAUUCAUCGUGUCGGCGUUCUGGGCAUAUCACAAGAUCUACGACCAACCGGAGCUCGAAGAGUACUGGAGGAAUCAAGCGAAUCUCUUGAAGAUCAACUUGGACUCGGAACACUCGAUGGCGGCCAUCGAUUACUUUAAGAAAUACGACGUCGCCGAAAAGACUGCUGCCCUCGAGAAAUUCAGCCAGGCAUUCGAUAUCAAGAUUGAUUACACCGACGAUCAAAUCAAAUCUCGUGACUCAUUACUCCUCAAAAAGUAUUAUGAACACGAACAAUUAAAACACGAAAGAGAAGAGAGUAGAAAAGCUGCUGGACAAAAUAAACAAAAAAUAAAUAGAUAG